AGAAAGCAAGAAGUUCAAUGUGGUAACUCCCUCUUGUCUCCCUGUGUGUUUCCUGUGUGAAUCCUUACCCCACUAACAAAGGAAUUGUGGUCACAGUUGAAACUAGCUUAAAUACUUAAACGUCUAAAGUUAAGGGAGGCAGGCAAGCAAACAAACAAUCAUGUGUGGAACAACUACUCCGAAUGUUUCGGAGAUUGCGAAACAUAGGACCCUGAUCAUUGGAUCAACAGGAUUCAUUGGCCGGUUCGUUGCUGAAGCCAGCCUUCACUCAGGUCACCCAACCUAUCUCCUUGUCCGCCCCGGCUCAGUCGUGGGCUCUUCCAAGAGCACCACCACUAUCGGGUACUUACAAGAGAGAGGAGCUAUAGUCAUAACGGGCUCCAUUGAUGAUCAAGAUUCAAUGGAGAAAGUGUUGAAGGAGCACAAGAUUGAAGUUGUCGUAUCAGUUGUGGGUGGUGCAAGAAUUUUGGAUCAGCUUAUUUUACUGGAAGCCAUCAAAGCUGUGGGCACUGUUAAGAGAUUUUUGCCAUCUGAGUUUGGGCAUGACAUAGACACAGCUGAUCCAGUAGAGCCAGGGCUAACUAUGUACAAUGAGAAGAGAAAAGUCAGAAGGGCCACUGAGGCUGCUGGAAUUCCCUACACUUACAUAUGCUGCAACUCCAUUGCUGGUUGGCCUUAUCAUGACAACAUUCACCCCGCCGAUGUCCUCCCGCCGUUGGAUCGAUUCCACAUCUAUGGUGAUGGCACUGUCAAAGCUUACUUUGUGACUGGUUCUGACAUCGGAAAAUUCACCAUGAAAACAAUCGGUGACGUCCGAACAGUCAACAAAUCUGUUCAUUUUCGACCACAAUGCAACCUGUUGAACAUCAACCAGCUUGCAUCUUUGUGGGAGAAGAGCAUUGGACGCACACUCCCUAGACUCACUGUUACAGAAGACGACCUUCUUUCUGCUGCCAAAGAAAUGAUCAUCCCACAAAGCAUUGUGGCAUCCUUCACUCAUGACAUUUUCAUCAAGGGCUGCCAAGUAAACUACGACAUAGAAAACCCUAACGACAUUGAAGUCUGUUCUCUCUAUCCCGACACACCAUUUCAGACCGUGGAGGAGUGCUUCAAAGAUUUUGCCACAAAGGUUGUCGUCGUUAAUGUUCCGAAAGUAGCUGAAAAAUCAAAGAGCAAAGAUUUCAUCCUCGUGCCGAAUACGAAACCAGAAGCGUUAGUUGUUGCGCCAGCAUCAGCUUGAUCAAAGCAAGGUUAAUCUUAUUUCUUCUUAUCAAUCUGCUCAAGUAAAAAAGAAUAAUGAAUGUACCGUAUCCGGUCGAUCUUUUCCCUUCUUCUGUUAUUGUAGGAAAUAAGUUUGUCUCGAGGAAAUUAUGCACUAUUUUGUCGAUCUUUAACUUGAGGAGAGAUUUUUCAAACACAAUCCAGUAUACCUAGUGUAAUAAUACAAUUGGUUAGAAAAUUGAAAAAAAAAUUCUAAUCAAUUGUAUUAACACUCGAGAGUAUCGUGACGUGUCCCGGCACAUUGAAAAAUUUCUCCAACUUGAUAGUCAAAUGAUGCAGCUAGUGAACAGUCCAAGAUUGUGGGAAAUAAAUGAACUACUUAUCCAUAUAGAGUUUCAAAUGAAACUUGUCUUCAAGCAAUCGCUUGUAACUUGUUCGCUUUGUGAUAUAAUUAAAGAUGAGGGAAUUACAGAUU